GACACAUUCUCACAACGUUGGAGCUGGAGGAUUUGUUGUGUUGUUUAAGGGAGUUUUACUUAGGAAAUUUCACACACAGGCUUGAAUGCAAGCUCCUAAUUAGCUCCUCCUGAUGUCAUUUCAAAGCUGAAUCGUUCGUGUCGGUGCGCCUCAGUGACCCACAGACGUCUCCGUCUCCUCUCUCUCUGGGAUCAUGUGGAUUAUUUUGGGUUUUAUUCUGGCAGCGGCCGGUCCCCAUGGGAGCUGGGGAUGUCAGCUGCCCCACGACUGGAGACCGCAAACAGAAGCGUGCCGCGCUGAGCUGGCGGAGAUCAUAGUCUUUGCCAAGGUGUUGGCACUGCACAAAGAGUCGUACAGUGUGUAUAACUACCUGCCGUGGCAGCACGACACAGACCUGCUCUUCUCCGCCGAGAUCGAGCUGCUUUGCGACCAGGCGUGGGGCAGCAUGCUGGAGGUCCCCGCCGGCUCCAGGUUUAAUGUCACCGGCCUGGGCUACUUCCCCUGCUUCUCCUACAGUGUCACCAAAAACAACAACUACUACUUCUUUCUAAGGAUGGACGAGAACUACAAUAUUGUCCCUCAUGGAGUGAACUUCCAGGACCCCAUCUUCCCUGACACUGCAGAUAACCACCGCAUGUUUGCCAGCCUCUUCCAGUUUUCAAACUGCACGCCUGGAACUCAGGUCCAUAGCUUCACCCCGGAGUGGGAGGCUCAGGAGGACAGCAGGUUGUUGUGCUCCACAGUGCAGAAGGCUCUGUUCGAAGAAGAAGAGAGGGUGAGGACUCUCUCCCAGAAGGUGCGCACCUUGGAGAAAGCCAACGGCCACCUGAGGGAAAAGGUGAAGACCAUGAAACGUCUGCUGCGCCAGGCCCAACGAGAAACCAUCAAGGAACAACAGACCCUCAGCCUCAAACAGCUCUACGAGUCGAAGACGCCCCAGACUCACCCGGAUCAGGACACUACCCAGGACCAGAAGAACCCUCCGCUCAAAAAGGUCCUAUCCAAGAAGCUAAAAAAAUAGACAUGUUUUUUUUCUAUUGUUGUAUGUAAACCAACUUUCGGUGACAGAGCAAGCUGAAAGUAAGUGAAAAGCUGGGGGAGGGGACAGCAACAUCAAGUAGUUGAUCAAAUGAAAGUAAAAUGAUGGACUUAAAUUUUAAUUUUAUUACAUUCUCCAUGACUUCAACCUGUGCUUAUUUCAAAAAUCACAUUUUUUUAAAAGAAACCUCACCUGAACAACCACAUGUAGUUUUAUUUUCUGCCCGUGACCCGCAACAUUGAGACUGUCAGCUACAAAGAGACCAUUGAUGCCCAUUUACAUCCUUAUCCAUAUUUGUUGAAGAGACUUUCCGUGCAUGCAUGUGUGCGCAUGCGUGGGUGUAAAGAAGGGCUUUCAUUUGACCUAUUUUGUGUCCCCAGAUGAACUAACAUAAAGGAUUUUAAAGGUUUCACAGGAGAGAUCUUUAUCUAAAUCUCCUUAACUCUUAUUUCACCCUAUUAGUCCAAUAUGAUCAUGCUUUCUGAAUAACUGUUGCUGUUAUCUGUCCUAGCCCCCAAGUUUUACUUGUGUCUUUUACUUCAAUCCUUUUCCAACAUUAUACAUAGCUCAUAGCUCAAAGCUGGCAGAUGCACUGUUUGAACAAUAGAUGGACAAUGUUAAAGGACCAGUUUGUAGGAAUUAGUGGCUUCUAAUGGUGAGGUUGCAGAUUGCAAGCGACUGAAUACCCCUCCCACCAUCGCUCCAUUGUGUGUGUAGGAGAAUCUACGGUGGCCUUCAGGUAACAUAAAAAUGUCAAAGGCCCUCUCUAGAGCCAGUGUUUGGUUUGUCCGUUCUGGGCUACUGUAGGAACAUGGUGGUGCAAUAUGGUGGGCUCCAUGAAAGAGGACCUGCUCUGUAUGUUGAUAUGAAUGGCUCAUUUUAAGCUAGCGAAAACACAACAGGUCUGGUAAUAAUACACUAAUGCAAACAUAGUUAUAAAUAUUAUACUUCUGCCAAUAGAUCCCCCUAAAUCCUACACGCUGGUCAUUUAAAGCAUUUGAAAUUGACGAUCUGUUUUGUUAAAAAAAAAAAAAAAGAAAAAAAAAUCUGUGCUGGACACAUUAUGCAUUGUAUAAAUAUUAGAAUAAAAUUUCUUAUUUCAGAAAUAUCAUCAUCAAAAUGCUACAGAUCAACCUAUGUUGAGGACUUUUUCCCAACUUCCAGUCUGAACAGCACAGGAUGGAUUUUAUCUUCUAUAGUUUCUACUCUGAAGAAGAUGAGUCAUAAUCAGAUUAUAGCUCAAAGGCUAAAGGGACACAAAUAACCAGUUCUUAAUUGCUUUGAGUGUAAUAAAAUACAGAAUAUACAAGUUGUGAGGAAUUGCUUGCUUUGACUUUGUAUAUGAAGGUAUAGAUACAGAGGAGUAGCUGUGUCAAAGUUCAAAAGCUGCAAGACCUACCAUUACGUCAUCAUUCUCCUCUACCUUUGCCUGCUUUUCAUUUACUUGUUUGAUCUAUUUAUUCCCUGAGAAAGUAUCCUAAAGUGUAGCGGUUCUUCAAAUUCAGUGAAUUGAUUCCCGAGAGUGCAUUUUUUCAUGUUCUCCUUUAUGUAAGUCCGUUCAUACAAAUUAUACUAGCUGAAAGUGUAAUUUUUGUGUUUGAAAACAGGGUGCUGAGCACCCAUUAAGUCCAGCCAGUGAGCCUGGUGUGGUACAGGAUUGGCUUUUUCUGUGUCAGAAAUGAGAGUUUGCUUCAUUAUACUUUCCGUAUUUGCUUUUGUUAUUAGUUUUGCUUUCUCUAAACUAUAAACAUCUGGUUUGCUUGGCCAAUAGCAUAAUCAUUUGUGUAACAGUUAUUGUAAUUUUUAAAAAAAUAAAUAAAUGAACUUUUCCAAAA